AUGGGCGCUUCGGGCUUAGCCGACCCGCCUGAAGGGAACCAGCAGAGCGGCAACAAAGAAACUGUCCCACAACCUGAACCAGAGCCUACUUCCAGCUCUACCACCGAAGACAAGGACAAGUAUUUACAAGGCUGGCGACUAUGGGCAUUGACUAUUGCCCUAUGGAUCAGCUUGUUCCUGUCAACGCUCGAGACGACCAUUGUUAGCACGUCGCUAGUGUCCAUCACCGAUGCCCUCAAUGGCUUUAUCCUGCGCGAUUGGAUCGUCACGUCAUAUCUCCUGACCUACACUGGCUUCCUUACAAUAUACGCCAAGCUGAGCGACAUAUUUGGGAAGAAGACCAUGUUGCUGCUGGCAAUUGCCAUCUUUACUGUCUUCUCUGGUCUUUGCGGAGCGGCGAAUGGCAUGGUAGAACUCAUUAUACUCCGAGCCUUCCAAGGCGUCGGCGCAUCCGGAAUCUUCUCCAUCAUCAUGACCCUGGCACCAACCCUGAUAUCGCUGAAUCAAUACGGAAAGUACAUGGCCAUCUUCUCGACCUUGUUUAUUGUCGCCAACGUCUUGGGCCCGGUACUUGGCGGCGUCAUCAGCCAGCACUCUGACUGGCGCUGGGUUUUUUUACUCAACAUUCCUGGAGGUGCAGUGGCUUUCGUCCUCGUCGCCAUCUUCCUACCACCCUCCGAAGCUUCUGCACAACUCCCUCUCUUGCAGGUCCUACGCUCCAAGGUCCAACGUUCCAACUGGGUACGGGUUGACAUUGUCGGCAUGGUAUUCUUGCUGGCCGCAUCAGUUCUUCUUGUCUUUGCGUUGGAAGAAGGAGGCACUCGAUACCCAUGGAAAAGCGCUGUCGUUAUCUCGACCCUUGUUCUGGCAAUUGUGCUCAGCAUAGCGUUUGGCUUUUGGGAAGUGUUUCUCGAAAAGUCAAACUGGAGACAAGAGCCAGUGUUUCCCCCUAGUAUCUGCAAGGACCGACUAUUACUGACGACAUUUAGCACUGCUUGCUUCGUUGGGUUCCCUUUCGUGUCAAUGAUCGUCAACAUCCCCCAGAGAGCACAAGCAGUUUAUGGUGUAUCCCCAGUCCAGGGCGGCUUGACUCUGCUUCCUCUACUCUUGACGUCGCCACUGGCAACUGCUUUCUCAGGAUUCAUGACGGGCAAUGCAAAAGUGCCUCCAUUUUACCUCGUUCUGGUCGCCUCGGUCCUGCAGGUCAUUGGCAUUGGCUUGACAUGCUCACUGCCGACGGAUGCUAAAAGCGUACCUAAAGAGCAGUAUGGCUACGAGGUACUGAUGGGCAUCGGGUUUGGCCUUGGCCUUACUACGCUAUUGACAUUCGCCCGAGUUCUAACUCGAGCCCUAGCGGUCAUGAUGGGUGCCCUAACGCAGAUCCGUGUCUUGGGAGGAACAGUUUCACUUGCAAUCUGCGCAACUAUUCUCAACAACCAGCUAUCACCCAAGCUGGACAAAGUUGUCACCCCAGAACAGGCGGCAGCCAUCUACGAUUCUAUAUCAGCCGUCAACGACCUUAAUGCGACACAAAAGGCGGCUGUCAGGCAGGCAUUUGCUGAAGGAUAUAACCUUCAGAACAUCUUUAUGACGGUCAUGUCUGCACUUGGACUGAUCACAUCGUUUUUCCUUUGGGAGAAGAACCCACGGAAGGCAGGGUAA